AUGAUCCGUACCAAGGGCGAGGCCGGCACUGGUAAUGUUGUCGAGGCUGUCCGUCACAUGCGAACUGUCAAUAGGGAGAUCCGCAUCCUCCAAGCUCUGGAGGAUGAUGAGGUCUUCACCUUUGCCAAGCAGAUUGGUGCUCCCCUUUCCCUUAUCGAGGAGACCCGAAGUCUUGGUCGUUUGCCUGUGGUCAACUUCGCGGCUGGUGGUGUUGCCACUCCUGCUGAUGCCGCUCUCUGCAUGCAGCUCGGUGUUGAUGGUGUAUUCGUUGGCUCUGGUAUCUUCAAGUCAGACAACCCGGAGAAGCGUGCUCGUGCUAUCGUCCAGGCCGUUACUCAUUUCAAGGACCCUAAGAUCGUCGCUGAGGUGUCCGAGGACCUCGGUAAGCCUAUGACUGGCAUCAACUGUGAUGAGCUCAAGGUCCGCUUUGCCGAACGUGAGGGUGGUAACAUGCCUACUACCAAUGGCAAGGAGGAUAAGCAAGUCAUCAAGGGUAGCAACUACUGA